UUCCGUAAACGUCACACGCAACCUGGAAACACGUGGGGCGGAAGUGCUUUAGAUUUCGCGGGCCGUCAGUGACAACACAGAUGCAGUGUGCAGAAAUGGCGGGGAUGAACGCUAUGGAGAAGAAAUUGGCGGAGUACAAGUGUGACACCAAUGAAGCGAUAUGCCUGAAGCUGGUUCGCUUUCCAGAGGAUGUGGAUGAUGAGGGUACAACGUUCCACCCUGAAUUCAGCCACCAGCUUUAUGGUGAUGACGAGGUGGCUUUUGGAUUUAAAGGCCUCCAGAUUCAGCUGUACUACAGUGCAGGAAACCUGAGCACCCUCUUCAAAGUGAAAUAUUCUUCCAAGGUCACAGAGUCGUUCGACUGCGUGGAGCCUGACGACGUCGAGGGCAAGAUCCGUGACAUCAUCCCCUCCGGCUUCACCAGCAACACGGACGACUUUGUGUCUCUGCUGGAGAAGGAGGCCAACUUCAAGCCCUUCGGGACCCUGCUCCACACAUACACGGUCCACAGCGAGGAGGCAGGCCAGGACCUCACCUACCAGAUACACAAGGCAGACAUCACCAGCCCGGGGUUCAGAGAGUACCACGAGCGCCUGCAGACCUUCCUCAUGUGGUUCAUCGAGACGGCUAGCUUCAUCGACGCGGACGACGACCGCUGGGACUUCUUCCUCGUAUUCGAGAAGUACAAUAAGGAUGGGGAGACUCUGUUCGCAACUGUUGGCUACAUGACAGUUUAUAAUUACUACGUGUACCCAGACAAAACCAGACCACGUGUCAGCCAGAUGCUGAUCCUGCCCCCGUUCCAGGGAGAGGGCCAUGGAGCCCAGCUGCUGGAGGCUGUGCACAGAUUCUACUGCACCCUGCCCAAAGUUCAGGACAUCACAGCGGAGGACCCCUCGGAGAGCUACGUGACGCUGAGGGACUUUGUCCUGGUCAAGCUGUGCCACGCCCUGCCCUCCUUCUCCACAGACAAGCUGGCCCUCGGCUUCUCUGACGACAUGGUGACGGAGGCCCGCGACAAGCUCAAGAUCAACAAGAAGCAUGCAAGGCGAGUGUACGAGAUUUUGCGUCUGAGAGCGACGGACAUGAGCGACGAGACCAAAUCCAAAGAUUACCGGCUGGAGGUCAAGAAGAGACUGUUCGGCCCCUACAAGAAGAACCAGAGAGACCUGACCAAGAUGAUGAAGUGCCUGCGGCCGGAGGAGCUGGCCUCUCACAUCAGUCAGAUGGACACCCAGCUGCAGCACGACGAGCUGGAGAAGAGCUACCAGGACCUGCUGGUGGAGUACAGGAGAGUCAUCGAGAGGCUAGCGCAGGCCUGAUGACGCGCCGGGGACCUGGGGCUCUCUUCCACACAGCAGGCUGGGUAAGACCCGUCCACAGAGGGCCUGUGUGGGUGAGGACUGGAGUUACACCCCCCCCCCCCUCCCCUCCCCCGUUUGACAUCAUUAAAAGAUCUUGAUUGAAAAGUAUUGUGUUGAUAUUGAAAAGUAGAAUCUGGGGUGGGUUUUCUUUGGGGGGGUGGGGGGGGUGGGAGGGGGGAGAACAGGUGAAUUAUCUGCACCCAUACUGGCCUUCUGGGGAUCUGAUUGGCUGACAGAAGGUCUUGGUGUUCCUCCCACUGAUGGGAGGUCACGUGACACACCUGUCCCUCGUGUCCAAUCACACUGCCUCAGCUUCAGUGAUUGCAAAUCAUGACCAGCUGAUAGGAUCACCAUCCGCCCAGUGAGAAAAUGCUUCCUGUUCAUAGUGAUACAGGGACCCCCCCCCCCCCCCAACCACUCAGAAAAACACAAGAAAAACCUGUUGUCACUUUUUCUUGAAGACAUGUUGGUUUUGAAGCACUUCAUAAUAAAAUAUUAAUGUUUUUGUACAUUCCUCAAA